CUUUGAUGACGCAAUUGUCUUGCGCCCACAGUGCCAUGCGUGGAGACUGGCCACGUGUUGCUGAGUCGGAAGUGGAUGCUGGGAACGCGUGCCGGAAGGUACACUGGGUAAGACCAGAGUCAGCUGCUCGUAACUAAAGGAUGUCGUUCAGAGGGAGAGGAGGCUUUAACGGAAGGGGAGGAGGUGGUGGUUACGGAGGAAGAGGAGGUGGUGGUGGUUACGGAGGAAGAGGAGGUGGCCGUGGAGGUUAUGGACAGGGUGGUGGACGAGGUGGAUUUGGAAGAGGAGGCGGACGUGGAGGCUUCAACAGAGGAGGAUAUGACCAAGGACCUCCUGAGAGUGUUGUUGAAGUUGGGGAGUUUAUGCAUCCAUGUGAAGAUGAAAUGGUGUGUAAAUGCAUUACACAGGAAAACAGAGUGCCUUAUUUCAAUGCCCCCAUAUACCUUGAGAAUAAAGAGCAGAUUGGAAAAGUGGAUGAGAUAUUUGGGCAGCUAAGAGACUUUUAUUUUUCUGUUAAACUCUCUGAAAACAUGAAAGCAUCUUCAUUUAAGAAAUUACAGAAGCUUUACAUUGACCCAGCAAAGUUACUUCCGCUGCAAAGGUUUCUACCUCGGCCUCCUGGUGAGAAAGGUCCACCCAGAGGAGGUGGCCGAGGUGCAGGUAGAGGAGGAGGACGUGGCAGAGGUGGUGGCAGAGGAGGAGGUGGCUUCAGAGGUGGAAGAGGUGGUGGAUUUGGUGGUGGAUUUGGUGGUGGUGGUGGUGGUUUCAGAGGAAACCGAGGUGGUGGACGUGGCUUUCGAGGAGGACGUUAAAGAGUGGCCACCUGUUGAUUUGGAAUAAAGUUGGAGUUAAUGACCACGUUAUAUUUUAUAUUUGAAACGAGACUUGCUCUUCACCAUUGCCAGUAGAAUAAUCUGCACCAGAAAGAUAACUCGGCAGCAAUGUUGGAGAUCCACUUACCUAAGCAGCAACAAUGUGAAGAUUGCUGGACCCGAAUGUGUUUUUAUAUCUAAUUUUGAUAACUUGAAAUCCCUUUCUUAUAACCAUUGGACUGGGUAGGUAUUACUCCCAGCAAGUACACACAAGAACAUCGGGAAUGGCAUCAUUAAGAUCUUGGCCAGACACAGAUCUCUUCUCUCAAGAUGUGCUAAAAAAUUAAUAUAUCUGCAAAGAUGUGCCUGUGUAUGCCCCAAUAAAUGAUGUUCAACCUAUA